AUGGAAUUCCUUUCUUAAGAAUUUCAAAUAACUUAAAAAUACAUAUUUGAAUUGCAAGCCAAAAUUUCUUAAUAAAUUAGAAAAUCAAAUAUUAGAAAUAGAUUGUCAAAAAUUAGAUAUGAUCACAGAAGAUAAAUUAUAAUAUUAUUUUUGUAAUUAAAAAUUGAAAGUGGAUUGAAAAAUGUAAUUUUUUAAUCUUAUUAUUUAAAGUUCCGUAUCGAAGAUGUUUAUGACAUUGUUAUUAUGAAUUAGAAAAAUUUGUUGAAAAUUAAUAAGAACUAGAUGAUCAAAAAUUUUAUGUCAGAAUAAGGUUGUAACUAAAUAUAUGUAUAACCAUAAAAAGAGUGUUUGAUAUGA